AUGGUGCUGUCAUUUAUUUUGAUCCAGAACCGACAAGGGAAGACGCGGCUGGCGAAAUGGUAUGCGCCAUACAGCGAUGAAGAAAAGAUCAAGCUGAAGGGCGAGGUCCACCGCCUCAUUGCACCGCGCGACCAAAAGCACCAGUCCAACUUCGUCGAGUUCCGCAACAUGUCCAAGAUCAUCUACCGCCGAUACGCCGGUCUCUUCUUCUGCGCAUGCGUCGACACCAACGAUAACGAGCUCGCAUACCUCGAAGCCAUACAUUUCUUUGUGGAGGUUUUGGAUGCUUUCUUCGGUAAUGUCUGUGAGCUAGACUUGGUGUUCAACUUCUACAAGGUGUACGCGAUUCUCGAUGAGGUCUUUCUUGCGGGUGAAAUUGAGGAGACUAGUAAACAAGUGGUUCUGACGAGGCUGGCACAUUUGGACAAGCUAGAAUGA